AUGGAUAAAACCUCAAGCUUGCACAUUAAUUCCCAGAAUGUGAAAUAUACUGAGGAUUACAUCUAUGCAGAUUAUGAGUAUGAAGAAACAUUAGUAACGAAGAAGGAUAAUGAGUUGGUGGUGAAGCCAUACCAGACGUCGCUGGCCAUACGCACUGCGCGGAAGGUGGGUCGCCUUGGCGUGAUGCUGGUUGGCUGGGGUGGGAACAACGGCUCCACAUUCACGGCGGCGGUGCUCGCCAACCGGCACCAGGUCUCGUGGAACACGAAGAACGGCAAAAUGGAGCCGAAUUGGUACGGAUCCAUCACGCAAGCCUCCACCGUCCGCUUGGGCAUGGAUGAGAAGGGAUUUGACGUUUACGUGGGGAUGUCCCAACUCCUGCCCAUGGUCCACCCCGACGACCUGGUUAUCGACGGCUGGGACAUCAGCCCGCUGAACCUGGCCGAGUCGAUGGUCCGCGCCAAGGUCAUAGACUACGACCUCCAGCAGAAGCUGAGGAAGGAGAUGGCGGCAAUGAAGCCGCGGCCCGCCAUCUACGACCCCGACUUCAUCGCCGCGAACCAGGCCGACCGUGCUACGAAUCUGAUACGCGGCACGCGCUACGAGCAGUAUCUGCAGGUGCGCGCGGACAUCAAGGACUUCCGCGACAAGAACAAGCUGGACAAGAUCAUCGUCCUGUGGACCGCAAACACGGAGAGAUUCUGCGAAGUGAAAACGGGUGUUCACGACACCGCCGAGAAUCUGGAAAGAGCUCUGCGCGACAACGACUCUGAGAUAUCGCCCUCCACCAUAUUGGCACUCGCCGCCGUCGAUGAGGGGUGCUGCUACAUCAACGGGUCGCCGCAGAACACCAUAGUGGACGGCGUGGUGGAGAGGGCUGAGAGGGCGGGCGUGUUCGUGGCCGGCGACGACUUCAAGUCCGGCCAGACCAAGCUAAAGUCGGUGCUCGUCGACUUCCUGGUGUCCGCCGGUCUGAAGCCGGUGUCCAUCGUCAGCUACAACCACCUGGGAAACAACGACGGCAAGAAUCUCUCGGCGCCCAAACAAUUCAGGUCCAAGGAGAUAACGAAGAGCAACGUGGUGGACGAUAUGGUGGAAGCGAACAGGCUGCUAUACAAGCCGGGCGAGAAGCCCGACCACGUGGUCGUCAUCAAAUACGUACCGUACGUGGGCGACUCGAAGCGAGCAAUGGACGAGUACACGUCGGAGAUCCUGCUGCACGGCACCAACACGAUAGCGGUGCACAACACGUGCGAGGACUCGCUGCUGGCGGUGCCGCUCAUCCUGGACCUGGUGCUGCUGGCCGAGCUGCUGGGCCGCGUCCAGCUGCGCCGCGGCGACGGAGACGAGUGGUGCGGGCUGCACGCGGUGCUCUCGCCGCUGGCGUACCUGCUGAAGGCGCCGCUGGUGGGCCGCGGCGCGCCCGUCGUCAACGCGCUCUUCAAGCAGCGCGCCUCGCUCGACAACCUGCUGCGCGCCUGCCUCGCCCUGCGCCCCAACCACCACAUGCAGCUCGAGCACAAGGUCCCGUUCCUCCGUUCGGAGCUGCACUCGGGCGCAAUGUUCGCGGGAGGUCCGCCCUCCAAGAGGCAGCGCCAAGCCCACAACGGUGCCCAC